AUGGCGGGAGUCGAUACCGGUGUUACGCUAGGUCAGCCGCACCUUUCUCGCCAGGAUCUCGCCACUUUGGAUGUUACCAAGCUGACGCCACUUUCGCAUGGAGUUAUCAGCAGACAAGCCACAAUUAAUAUAGGUACAAUUGGUCAUGUAGCUCAUGGGAAAUCCACAGUUGUAAAGGCCAUUUCUGGAGUUCACACUGUCAGGUUCAAAAACGAAUUAGAAAGAAAUAUUACAAUCAAGCUUGGGUAUGCUAAUGCUAAGAUUUAUAAACUUGAUGACCCAAGUUGUCCUCGGCCAGAAUGUUACAGAUCCUGUGGAAGUAGUACACCUGAUGAGUUUCCUACAGACAUUCCAGGGACCAAAGGGAACUUCAGAUUAAUCAGACAUGUUUCCUUUGUUGACUGUCCUGGCCACGAUAUUUUGAUGGCUACUAUGCUGAACGGUGCGGCAGUGAUGGAUGCAGCUCUUCUGUUGAUAGCUGGUAAUGAAUCGUGUCCUCAGCCUCAGACUUCUGAACACCUGGCUGCUAUAGAAAUCAUGAAACUGAAGCAUAUUUUGAUUCUACAAAAUAAAAUUGAUUUGGUAAAAGAAAGCCAGGCUAAAGAACAAUACGAACAGAUAAUUGCAUUUGUACAAGGUACAGUAGCAGAAGGAGCUCCUAUUAUUCCAAUUUCUGCUCAGCUGAAGUACAAUAUUGAAGUUGUCUGUGAGUAUAUAGUAAAGAAAAUUCCACUACCCCCAAGAGACUUUACUUCAGAACCUCGACUUAUUGUUAUUAGAUCCUUUGAUGUCAACAAACCUGGCUGUGAGGUUGAUGACCUUAAGGGGGGUGUAGCUGGUGGCAGUAUUCUAAAAGGAGUGUUAAAGGUGGGCCAGGAGAUGGAAGUCAGGCCUGGUAUUGUUUCCAAGGAUAGUGAAGGAAAACUCAUGUGUAAACCAAUCUUUUCCAAAAUUGUAUCACUUUUUGCGGAACAUAAUGAUCUUCAGUAUGCUGCUCCUGGGGGUCUUAUUGGAGUUGGAACAAAAAUUGACCCCACUUUGUGCCGGGCUGACAGAAUGGUGGGACAGGUGCUUGGUGCCGUUGGAGCUCUACCUGAGAUCUUCACAGAACUGGAAAUUUCCUGUUUCCUUCUUAGACGGCUUCUAGGUGUCCGCACUGAAGAAGAUAAGAAAGCAGCAAAGGUGCAAAAGCUAUCUAAGAAUGAAGUGCUCAUGGUAAACAUAGGAUCCCUGUCUACAGGAGGCAGAGUUAGUGCAGUCAAGGCUGAUUUGGGCAAAAUUGUUUUGACUAAUCCUGUGUGCACUGAAGUAGGAGAAAAAAUAGCCCUUAGCCGAAGAGUUGAGAAACACUGGCGUUUAAUUGGUUGGGGCCAGAUAAGAAGAGGAGUGACAAUCAAGCCAACAGUAGAUGAUGACUGAAGAAUCCCA